AUGAUCUGGAUUUUCUCUCAAUAUUUGUGAGACUGAAGUCAAUCAGGAAUGAGGGCCAUCACCAUCAUCUUCAUCACUCUCUGUCUGAUCUCAGGUCAGGUUCUCUGUUUUAAAGUGAUUGGCUGCUCUGGAGGGAGUGUAAUGUUCAAGUGCAUGUAUAAGUCUGAUGAGCAACAUAACUCAACACCCCUGAAACAGAGAGAGUUUUAUGAUCAGCUUAAAGGAAAGUAUUUCUGCAGAAACAGAGACUGUACGACCGGAAUCAGUACCGAGCUUCAGCGCCGCUGGGUUAAUAAUGAGAGAUUCACUCUGUAUGAUGAUGAAAACAGCAGAUUCUUCACAGUGUUUAUCAGGAACCUCAGCAGAGAGGAUGAUGGGAAAUACAUAUGUGGAAACAAUCAGAAAUGGAGUCAUGAUGUUGAGUUAGAGGUGAACAACAACUCUUCUUCUUGUGGGACGUCUGUUAUCAGAUCUGCAUAUGAAGGUCAAACAAUCACUUUCAGUUGUGAAUAUGAACACAAGUUUAAAACACACACCAAAGUCUUGUACAGAGUGAACGGAGAUCCUGUGCUUGUGCUGAACAGCUCUCAAUCAUCACAAUCAUCUGAAGAGAAGUUCAUCCUGUCUGACAGUCAGAAAGAUCACUUUACUGUGACCAUCAGAGACAUUUCUGAAGCGGAGCGUGGAGUUUAUUUAUGUGGAGUGGAGAGACAUGGAUCUUCACAAACAAUUACUCACAUAACCUUCAUUAAAGAGAUUGAGCUGAAAGAGCAUCGUCAGAUAACUUCUGUCCAGGUUGAGGCCUACAUCAGUAAAUCAGUCUUCAUCACGUGUGAAUUUCCAGAAGAAUUCAAAGAAAACCAGAAAUUCAUCCAGAAAGAUUCAUCAAAGGAGAUCUCUGUUGAUGAACAGAAUCAGUGGAUCCAUUAUGAUAAAGUGCUCGUGUAUGAUGAUACCAGUGCAGGAGUUUUGAAGGUGUUUAUCAGUGAUUUAACUGCAGCUGAUGAAGCUACUUACAGAUGUGCAGUGAAUACUGCUGAUGAUCAUCUGUUCACGAAGAUCAAGCUGAAGAUCAGUCAAGUUGAUCAUUUUCGUGAAUCAAGUGAAUCAGUGGCUGUUAUUGGUGAAAGUGUGAAACUCAGCUGUAAUUACCCUGAGAAACAGCAGCUCAUCAAACACAUCUGUAAAGAGAACGAGAAGAAGAUCUGUCAGAGCAUCAGUUCAUCAGAGAAGCAGCGCUUUGAGUUUUCUGACAGUACAGCAGGAGUUUAUACAGCGAGCAUCAGUAUUGUGAGCCCGAGAGAUGCUGGAGUUUACUGGUGUGGAGCAGAAACCAGACACGAGCAUCUGACUUCUGUUUCUCUCACCAAUAAACAUCAGCUGACUUUAACCAUGCCUCCAGUGAUCAGACGUGAAGGAGAUUCAGUCGAGAUCAAAUGCCCUUAUGAUGAAAAACACACAACAGUAACAUGUCUGCGCAGUGGAAAGUGUUUGAGAAAAGUAGUAAAGUAUCUGUGCAAGGGGAAGUGUUUCACUAAAGAUGCUCAAAAUAUCAUUCGGUCAGAUGAAGAUCAUGAUAAAAAACCAAAGAUUUCAGUAAAGGACGACACUGAACUCAAUCUCUUCACUGUGAACAUGACUGAGCUGAGAGCAGAGAAUGCUGGGAAAUACUGGUGUGCAGUGAGAGACGUGUUUAACCUUCUCCUUGAGCUCAUGAUCAUCAUGAAGGACGCGGUCAUUCAUGAAGCGUCUGUCAGAGGAUCAGCGUCCAUCAGCUGUAAACACAUCAGGAAACAAACACAGAAGCUUUUCUGCAGAGGAGAUCAGCCCAAUAUCUGCAUCAGAGACGGAGCUCGUGUUUCAUCAAAUAAGAGAAUAAACAGCAGAUUCUCUCUGACUGAAGAAACCUCUGCUGGAGUCUUUACUGUGAAGAUCAGCGAUCUGAGAGCAGAGGAUUCUGGGAAAUACUGGUGUGCAGAGGAGAGCUCUGGGUCCUUCAUAUUCACUGAAGUUCAGCUACACGUGACCAGAGAGAUGACGACACCUGACACCAAAAGAGAAACAUCCCAGGAAACAGAAAAGCCUGAAAUGACCUCAUCUGACACCAAAAAGGAAACAGAAAAUCCUGGUUUUUUUGUAAUAGUUGUUGUUUCUGUGGGUUUGCUCCUGCUGGCUCUGGUUAUAGCCUUAAUCUUAUUCAAACUGAAACACAACAAACAUGGCAUCAUUUCAUCAAAAGACAGAAGACAGACAGGGGAUCAUGAAACGACUCAAGAAGACAUUCAAGACACCAGGCACCUUGAUCCUGAAUCAGAUCCUCUCUAUUCAACAGUCGAGUUACCCACAAACCCCUCUGAUUCACAGAAUCCACUUUACUCAGCAGUUCAGUUACCCACAAACCCCUCUGAUGGGCUCCUGUACGCUGCUGUCAGUUUCCAGAAGCAUGAGGAGUCUCUCAGUGAAGCUACAGUCAGAUUCAGUAAAGAGGAGACUCACUGUGAUUAUGCAUCUGUCAAUCACAACAUCUCGCCAAAUUAAUAUUGCCACUGGAUUUUUGUUUUUAUACACAACUAAAACCAGUCACUAAGAAUGAAAGAAUCAUUCAGUUUCAUCGAGCAAGUUAUUGAGCAGUCAGCGACACCUACAGGUCAGUGUUGGGAAAACCUGAAAUGUUUCUCUGUGACUAAAGAGAACAUCACUCCUUAGGCUGGGUUCACACCGCAAGCGGCAGCAGAGCAGAAGCAGCGCAUAUUUUUUUCGGUGCCUAUGUUAACAGAUGAGAGCGUUCACACCGCACGCAGAGGCUGCGCAGCAGA